AUGAAGCGCUUCAUCGGGACCAUCACCAGCAGGCGGAACAGUGCUCUAGGUGCCGGCAAGCCCAAUGACUCGCCUGAAGUAGCUGUUCUCAAGGCUGUGGUGGAGUUCUGCGAUAACUCAGAUACAAACAACGGCAAUGAAUACCUACAACUCCCCACCAUCGUGGAGGCCGCCGAAUCGAGUCCCGAGGCGGCCAAAAUCGCUGCACACCAGAUCCAGAAGUACCUCUCGAAGCCUGCCAGCUCGCACCCUCAGCGCCAAUAUAAUGCGAUUAUGCUAAUACGAAUCCUAUCCGACAACCCGGGCCCAUCUUUCACUCGCAAUAUUGACUCCCGAUUCACGGCAUGCGUCAAAAUCCUACUUCGAGAUGGACGAGAUAUGCAUGUUGCGCAGAUCCUGCGUGAAACGCUCGAGACGCUGUCGGUUACAAAGGCGAACGAUACAAAUCUUACGGGACUCAUUCAGAUGUGGACCAAGGAGAAAGAGAAGUUCCAGAAGACCUACGGGUAUCCGCCGUUCGGAUUACAACAGCCAGUCCAGAAUAAUCCAACUCCAGGCCCCCAACCGGGACAGAGACAGGACUACUUCUCCCGCCAGCACAGGCUCCGUGGCCUUCCCCCUCCUGGCGAACUUGCCGCACGAGUCAACGAAGCCAAUGAAUCAGCAAAACUACUCCAGCAGAUGCUCUUGUCCACCCCCGUUUCUGAAUUCUACCAAAAUGAUAUGCUCAAGGAAUUCGCUACGCGUUGCCAGUCCGCAUCGAGAUCCGUACAGGGCUACAUCAACUCGUCAGACCCGGCUCCAGACGCAGACACCAUGCUUACCCUGAUCGAGACCAAUGAUAAAAUCUCCGUUGCAUUGUCAAGGUAUAAUCGCGCCACCCUCGACGCAAGGAAGGCUGGCUUUAAGUCUCCCGAAGAACGGGCUGAGCAGGCCCAGCGUCUAGCUGACAGCAAUCCUAAUCAUCACCGCAACCACAGCCAAAACCAUCAAACUGAGCAGCCAUAUCCCCAGGUAACUGGCGCAUUGCCGGCAGGCACCGAACCGGAAAGCAUUCCAACUAAAAAACAACGAUAUAUACCCCGACUCUCCAUGCCUCGGAUACCAAAGAAAUUAUCCAAGCAAUCUCCAGAUCAACCCCCAGCUCCUAAUGGAGAAACGAAACCAGCGCUAUACAUACCACCAACCAAUGCUGGCAAUGUAGAAGGCGCGCCAAUAUCUCCUCCGUUAUCCCCACCGAGAACCUUCUCAAACCAUGUAUCUCCCAUACAUAAUCCAGAAGUGGGCGACCCAUAUGCGAAUGGAACUUCAACGCUCAACAACGGCCAUAGCAGUAACUACACUACAGAUACAGCCAAUAUCAACCAUCUACCACCAACAACUACUGCGCCUCCCAUAUCGUGGGAAUAUAACCCGAAUGAAUUCCAAGUAGAAAAUCCAUUUGCCGAUAAGUUCGCAACGGACGCCAAUUCUGGGACAGAUUCGAAUAGAGUUAGCAGGAUUGUCGAACCGGAGAGCACCGCUGCUGCUGGUGGUGCUACCACGACAACCGGCCAUAACCAGACCGACCCAUCCACGAAGAGGGAAAGGUAUUAUUCCCAGUCUGAGUAUAAUUUAUUCGACAAUACCAAGCAAACGGCUUCCGAGGCGUUGGCUUUAGCGCCCGGAUCAAGUACGGGAAAUAAACCAACGGUCACUUCUACUACUCAUUCAUGA